AUGGGUGCUUGCCAUUCAAAAAAAUCUAAAGAUAAGGUAGUUCGCAGCCAAACCAAAAGAUUCAGUGUCACAGGAAAAGACUUUAGCGAUAUGAUUAAAGGUAAAGUAAUUGAAGACUAUGUAAUCAUCAAAAGAUUAGGGACUGGAGGAUAUGGAGAAGUCCGCUUAAUUAAUUAAAUGGUUAAUCUGGCCAUAAGCGGGCAACCCCUAGUCUUUGCCUCGUCUUGGCUCAAAAGAGUAGCCUCCAUAGACCUCGGAGUUCAAAUGAGGAAAUGGAAGAUAACCAUCUUGAAUUUCAAACCUGAAAUACUUGUCCAGAGAAAUUAGCUCCUCAGUGCAGAGCCUCCACCUGAAAAAUGUCCCGCUGGUACCUAAAAGGAAGGACCAUGUGGUAGGUAAAACCUGUCUGGCCCACUUAACAGGGACAAAAAAACUUGGGGAGAAUCAAAACUUCCCGAUUCGCAAAAGCCCUCCUCAAGCCUGAAAGCCUACUUCAAAAAGCACCAAGGCCUUGCUUUCAGCUUCAUCAGGAUGUGCUCUCCUUGCUCUACAGGGAAUGCCCCUCGGAGUCCAAUUUCCAUCAUAUCAUCAUCUUACUUCCAAAGUCCGCUUAGGAAGGCAUAAAACAACAGAUGAGCAAAUGGCAGUGAAAACUAUAAAUCUUAGCACAGUGACGGAAUCACAAAUAGACCGCAUUCUUGAAGAAGUGAAGAUCUUGAGAUUAUUAUCGCACCCUAAUAUCAUAGAAGUUUUUGAUGUUUACAUAGAUUCAAAAAGUCUUACUACCACAAAUUUAAAAACAUAUUUUUUUAUUUUUUUCCACAAAAAUAGUUUAAUUUUAUAAAAAAUCGAGUUAGUAUUGUGACCGAAUAUUGCCGAGGUGGAGACUUAAUCGACAAAAUCAACGCAAAUAAUGGAAUUCAAGAAAACGACGCUGUCGUCUACAUGAAGCAAAUCGUCUCAGCAGUUAAAUAUUGCCAUUCAAAAGGAAUAGUCCACAGAGACCUAAAACCAGAAAAUAUCCUAAUAACAAAGGACCCUAUAAUAAAAGUGAUCGACUUUGGCAACGCUGUGCACUUCACAAAAGGCGAAGUCAUGCAGAAAUGUGUAGGAACUCCUGCGUAUAUGGCACCUGAGCUAAUCAAAGGGAAAUAUGACGAAAAAUGUGACGUAUGAAGCCUCGGAAUUACGCUCUAUGCCAUGCUCUCAGGGAGCCCUCCAUUCGUGCUGAGCAACGAGCAAGAAAUUUAUAAUCGAAUAAAAAAUAAUCAAAUUAACAUGACUGAAGGCUGCUGGGCUUCUGUAAGUGAAGACGCCAAAGACUGCGUCAGGAAAAUGCUGACCAAAAAUCCAAUUAAUCGGCCUACUAUAGAUGAAAUCUACCAGCACAAGUGGCUGGAAAGCUGCGAUGAAAGUAAGAUUUCUAAUACAAAAAACUAA